UUAGUUGUACAAAAAUAGUGUAUUCUCUUCUUCCUCUUGAAUAAUUUGGUGAAAUCGAGAUACGCAAAUUUGUAAUGAAGACGAAAAAUGACUUUAAGACUUUAAAUAUACUGUAUAAAUAACAGUCAUUCAUAAAAUUUUCGUUUCAGUUGUACUUUACAAUGAAGUAAUGCCUUGUCAUUGAAGCAACUCCACUCUGCUGCAAAAUUCUUCAGUGAAACAAAAGACGCACAGACCAUAAGAAUGAUAAAAUACAUUUGGCACUUGUAUGAUAUCAGCAAGCUAAAAUUUAAAUUUUCUAAACAUUUAAAAAAAAGAAAAAAUUUAUUUUUUAAUACAUGCUGUAUAUAAAAAUUGUUUAUUAACAAAUAAAAUACAAAUUGUCAAAUAUUUCUGUUUCAAUAAGACCAAAGUGAAAUAUUCUCUUUAUAAAAAAGUCCUUCAAGUAUUUUAUUAACAAUAAAUAUUUCUAUCAGCUAUUGUAUCGCUGUGAUUCAAAACCAUAAGUAUAUUUUAGUUGAACAACGCUUGAAAAUGAAAGUUUUAACUACAAUGGUAAUAUUGGUAGUUUUCCACUAUUCCGAAUCAAGUAAAACAAUUAUUGAUGCUAAAUUGGCAUUUAAAACUUGUAUGUAUUCACCUAAAGCUCCAGAAAUGAAUCAAAUAGAUAUUGAACUGAAUCAAAAAUUGGAUAAUUUCAUUUGUGUACUUAUUAAAACGGAAGAUAAAGAAAAUAGUAAAAAUGAAAUAAAAAAAGACAUUACGAAUUUUGUGUGUUCUAGUGAAAAAACUAUUCCGAAAGAUAAAAAUUUCAGCGUAGCUAAUUGUCAAACAUUGGUUGAUCAAUGUAUCAUUUGGUUUUGGAAUAAAAUAUUAAACGAAACAAUUUAUAGUAUUUUUCGUGAUUCCAUAAUGAAAGACGGUGUAAUUAAAAAUAAUAAAGAUAAAAUAAUAUUGCGUUGUGACUAAAUAAAAGUUAUCAGUAAUAUAAAAAAUUGUUUCUAAUAAAAAGUGAUAAUGUAAUAAUUAAAU